AUGGAGGAGUAUGUGUCAAGCUGGAUAGAUGUCCUGUGUGGGGUUCCUCAAGUGUCGGUACUUGGAGCAUUACUAUUUGUGGUGUACGUCAAUGACCUUACUAUGAACAAAAGAAACAACGUAAAUAUUUAUUGCCAUUUGUGUUGCAAUAUUGAGAGCUUUUGGGCUAACGAAACGCUUCAAGUUAAUUGCUCAUUGUUGAGUAGUUACAUGUGGAGGGGUUCCUCAUUCUGGGUAAUCGAUCUUUUCCUUGGGACAGCAUUCUGGGUUGCAGAAUGCUUCGAGUUCAUUGCAAAAGAAAGUAAAGUGAAGCAAACGUUGUUUGGAAAAAACUGA